AUGAAGAUCAUGAAAGUAAUCUUCAUCAUCGCCAUAGCAAUGGCCACAGUCAUCGCGGUCAACUAUUCUAUCACCUUCGCGGGUGACAAAUAUGAAGAAACAAUGGUCACUGCAACACCAUACGUGAAACCGUUUCCAAAAAGGUUAAGUCGUUUUCUAGCCGAAACCAAGAACCCUCGAGCUGCAGACCACUGCAACAAAGACGACGAGAUUUGCUACAUCUUAGAAGGCAAAAACUCGACUUGCUGCAACAACAAGUGUAUGGAUUUGAGCGAGGAUAAGCAUAACUGUGGAGCAUGUAAGAACAAGUGCAAAUUUACGAGCUCGUGUUGCGGAGGGCAGUGUGUGAAUUUGACUUAUGACAAGCGGCAUUGUGGGUCGUGUGGCAACAAGUGUAUGCCUGGUGGUUAUUGCAUAUACGGGCUUUGCAAUUACGCCUAA